ACACACACACACACACACACACACACACACACAUGUACGCAAGCAUGCAGGUAGAGCAUAAAGGCAUGGGAAAGACUCUCCAGUUUCAGUAACCUGUCUGCCUUCUGGACAAUGGCAAGCAAGCGUCCCUUGUUGUGGAUCUUGGUGCUGGCUGUUUCACUCGAUCCCUCAGUCUGCCACCCUCUUCAGCUCGAUGGUGUCAAGGUGUACGAUGUGGUCCGACCAAUCAGACUGCACAGUCUGAGCAAGAGGGACGUGGAGUCCUCCAGGCCUGAGGCACUAAAAUAUGGAAUGACAUUACGAGGAAAAGACAUCGAGCUCAACCUGCAGCGGAACAAAGAAAUCCUGACCAAGGAUUACAGUGAGACAUACUACACUGAUGAUGGUACACCUGUUACUUCCAGUCCUGAGGAGUUGGACCACUGCUACUAUGAAGGAAACGUUGUCAAUGACAGUGAAUCCAUGGUCAGCAUUAGCACCUGUGAUGGACUCAGGGGUUACAUCCAGACAGCAGAGCAGAAGUUGUUGAUUGAACCCAUGUCCGACGACGCAGAUGGAGACCAUGCCGUUCUGCAGUUUGAUGAAGUUCACGACAAGCCCAUGACGUGUGGGGUCACCAACACCAGCUGGGACCCUGAGUAUCCGGCGAAAACCAGCAGAUCUCGAUCACGAGCAGCUGGCCCAACAUUACUCCAGCAACACAAAUACAUUGAGCUCUAUCUUGUGGCCGACAACAGAGAGUAUAUCCACUUAAAAAGGGAUGUUUCAGCUGUUCGGAAGCGGAUAUUUGAGAUCAUCAAUUUUGUCAAUGUGGUGUAUAAGCCACUCAACACCUUCAUUGCCCUGACUGGCUUGGAGAUCUGGACGGACGGUGACAAGAUAUCGGUGACCCCUCCUGCAGGGGCCACCUUGGAUGCCUUCACCAAGUGGAGGAACAACGACCUGAGGAAGAGAAAGCGCCAUGACAACGCACACUUGAUAACACAUAUUGACUUUGAGGGAGCCACUGUAGGACUGGCCUUCAUUGGAACCCUGUGUUCUGACCAUUCUGUCGGAGUUGUCCAGGAUCACAACUCGAGGGCCAUUGCAGUCGGAGCCACGCUGUCCCAUGAAAUGGGACACAACUUGGGCAUGAGCCACGACAGCAGCUCCUGCAGCUGUCCAGACGCCAGCUGCAUCAUGGCCGCAGCGCUGAGCUACAGCAUCCCGAGGAAGUUCAGCAGCUGCAGCAGCACUGGCUAUGGGGACUUCCUCAACAAUCGCAACCCCGAGUGUGUGCUCAACAAGCCCAGCUACAAGGAGCUGGUGGCUCCCCCGGUCUGUGGCAACGGCUUCAUGGAGAGAGGGGAGCAGUGCGACUGUGGCACGCUGGAGGAAUGCAUUGACCCGUGUUGCAACGCGACCACAUGCAGAUUAGUGGAGGGAGCGCAGUGUGCUACAGGAGACUGCUGUGAGAACUGCAAGAUCAUGUCCUCAAGCAGGGAGUGUCGGCCCAGGCAGGAUGACUGUGACCUGGCAGAGUACUGCACGGGGCAGUCUGCCGAGUGUCCCGAAGACGUCUACGCGGUCAACGGCCUGCCGUGCCUGAGUGGGAGGGGCUACUGCCACAACGGCCAGUGCCCACAGAGGGAGGAACAGUGUCUCCGGAUGUGGGGACCAACUGCACGAGUGGCUCGCCAAUACUGCUUUGACCAGAACACCCGAGGCCAGUACUACGCCUUCUGCAAGAGGCCUAGCAAAGACCUGUACCUGCCAUGCCAGAGAGAGGAUGUCAUGUGUGGGAAGCUCUUCUGCCACGACGGUAAUGAGAGUCCCAACUACGGCCGCCUGGUGCAGUUCAAUGACUGUAAGGCCACCUUCUACGGAGACCAUGAAAACGACUUUGGCCAAGUGGACACAGGCACGAAGUGUGGAGAUGGAAAGGUCUGCAGCCAGAAUGAGUGUGUGGAUCUUGAAACAGCUUACAGAGCAACCAACUGCUCAGCCAAGUGCAAAGGCCAUGGGGUGUGUAACCACAGGUCUGAGUGCCAGUGUGAACCUGGAUGGCUUCCACCAACCUGUGACUCACAAGAGCCAAGCUCACUCUCCAAAGAGGGUGUCAUAGCCAUUGCAGUGAUUCUCUCUCUUCUGGGUCUCGGCAUUCUGAUUGGGGCCAGUGUGUUUCUGCUGAAACGCAGGCAGAACACGCCACACAUAGCCAGUCUGCCCACCCAGAAGAGUCAACCUGCUUUUAACCAUCAGAAACUGAGGCCACCACCACAACGACCAAACCCUGAACCAACGCAGCGACCGAAAGCAGCGCCGCCACCACCGCCCCCUGCUGGUGGUAGAGGGAGACCUCCACAGCCCAACUUCAUGGCAGCGCGGCAGGCUCUGCGGCCACCUCGAGUGUGAUCUACUACAGUGCCAAGGGAUAGAGGAGGCCGAGGAAGUGUCUUAAGAAUUGCACUGAUGCCUUCAAAAAGUGUUUACAACUUUUUUUUAUCUGCCUGGACUGAUACAUCAGACGACUGCCAAAUACAUUACAUGGAUAUACUGUAUUUUAUAUUUAACUAAUGCAUGGAUACAAAUGUACAGUAUACUGUAUCUGUGCAUUAUAUACAAAGGCUCAGAAUGGCUUGCAAUAAGCCAACCAUCAAAGUGCAAUGUCUCAUUUCCACUCGAUAAGAGUGAGGAGGAGUAGUUUUUUUUAAAGCCAUGUACAUAAACUGUUUUCACUGCCAUGUUGUGUGCAAGCUGUGAGUGUGCUGUGAGUGUAGUGUGUACGUAUGUGUAUAGUGCCAAAAAUGAGCCUUGGUACAGCAAGUGGUUACUUGAGAUUUUGCAGCUUCAAAUAUUGUGUUCUUUUCCAGUUGUACAGAGAAUGUUGAGAUGCUACCUAAGAAACGUUAUUUGUAAAUAUGUAAUUUUGUCUCGCAAAAAACAUUCAAAUCAGAUUGACUUACAGGGUGACAUCAUUGUACUGUAUUGUUUAUGUUGUACAUACAUGAAUAAAAAAAAUAAGAUUUAAUAAACCUAUUAAAAUUAUUCUAAAAUACACCCAUCACAGUGUACUCUGAUAAUUACAUAUUUGAAUCAAGACUAAAUUUGUAUCAAGGUGGGAUAAUGUUGAGUUAUGAUGACCCACGCCAGAUUCGCAUCCGGGUCCCCAUGGAUGUGCAUGGACAGGUUCCUGACUGCAACACACGCUUUAAGGUCAUUUUGGUGCGUGUAAAAAAAAAGGUAUGAUAAACACGUGAAACAACCACAUUUCCUGCACAUUUCCUUAAAUUUUGAAAAAGUUCCCCUGAUCACCAAUGAAUGACGAACCAAUGAUGACCAAUAAUGACCACAACCUUAACCAUGCAGUGACGCUAUGACUGGGAAAUUCCACGCCAUACCAAACCUCAUGGCCAAGUCUCAACUUAACCACAGUAGUCACUACUUCUAGCACAGAAGGAGACAAAGGCAACAUAGCGUUGAUACUUCCUUAUUCCAUUUUCUUUUUAUUUCUCAACUAAUAACCUCUACAUAAAAUCAAAAUUUAACAGUUGCCUUACAAUACAAGUACUCAACAAAAGGAUCAACCCCCUUUUUUACAUAGCUAUUAAGAGACUUUGUAAUAAAGUAAUUUUUUCCUGUACAUUCUGUAAGAUAUGUUAAAGAGCCUGACAUUGGUCAGCAACUUUUACACUUUGUCAGGUUUUACAUUCUCACCAAAACACUACCACUCACACUGCUGACUGUCUUGUCUGCUCACACCUUUUGCAUGAAAACAGAAACGAAAUGAAACAAAACGAAUCAAAAACAAACAAAACAAAAA